AAUAAAUAAUGAAGUGGCUAUGCUGGAAGUCGUUUGGUUGCCCCAUGCCCAACAUCCUGCCUAAUGCAUUGUCCUGGACAGAUGAUAUGACCACCUUAAGUAUGCUUAACGAAAGUCGGGAAUCGGUGGAUGGGUCCAUUGGAUGCUGCUCCAUUGACUGGCUUAUGCAGCUCCAACAACCCUCGUGUCCGCUGGUGAGGCUAUUGAUACUCGGAUUGUUAGCGUUGCCAGUUUAUAAUGCUAUAUUGAUUGUGGUGGGAUGGCGACUACACUGCAGUGUUUCUAGCAGUGCCGAGCGUUUGGUGGUGGACAGCCAAGGGUACAGACCUGUCAAGCGCCAAGCUCCUUCACCUCCACUAGCUCCCAAGCCACCGCCGCGUCUUCGUCGACAUAAAGCCACCGAGACUCCAUCUUCUUCGAGCCUGGUAUUAUGGUAUCAAAAUCCCCAUCUCAGUCAAGAGAAUCCCUUUGAUGAGGACGACAACUACAAAGACCUCAGGGAGAAUUUGAAAAUGGUGCUAGGUGGCUUGCAGAAUGCUCCUUUGCCUCUCCCGCCACAAACGCCCAUCUUUGUCCCCCCUCUUGUUGAGCCCUUAACGCCGUCGGAAUCACUGACUCCAACUGAAUCCCCCAGAAGAGGGAACCAAAAGCAACGCUCCAAACUUUUAUCAGGUAUCCUUAAGCAUCUGGGCAUAAACUCUAUUCGGAAGAGAUGGAAAACACACGCCAGUCGGAAGAAAAUAACGACUUCCCCAAGCAGCGCUUCCUUAUCUAAUUCCUCGUGCAUUGGUAACAGCUCCUUCUAUGUCUAUUAAACCAAAAUCUGCUCAACUUCGAGAGCUCAUCUAUCAAGAAAUCAGCGCCCUAUUCAGUGUGAAACUGUGCGAUUAUAUUUUGUUACGAUUAAAAGCGUGCUGAGGUCAACCUUGUUGGCCCGGCCCAUUAAGGCCUUGAA